GACGACUGUUAAAGUCAUAUGACAGUCAGGGAAAGGGAAACGCAGGAGUCUUCAAGCCUUGUGUACAGGUCCGUGUCCAUCAGGCUGUGUGAAAUGUUUUCUCUGCCUGUCUUCUUCUGUCUUCUGUCCGUGUCUGUGCAUGUCGCGAGCGGCAUGUAUGAUCCAGAUGAGGUGCUGGAUCUGCCGGGCAUGUCUUUCAAACCCAAUUACCGCCAGUGGUCAGGAUAUCUAAAGGCCAGUUCUGGCAAGUUUUUGCAUUAUUGGUUUGUGACGUCUCAGAGGGACCCGCUCAAGGAUCCAGUCGUGCUGUGGCUGAACGGAGGGCCAGGCUGCAGCUCUUUGGAUGGGUUUCUAUCAGAGAAUGGCCCCUUUCAUGUCAAUGAUAAUGGAGCCACACUUUAUGAGAAUGAAUUCAGCUGGAAUAAAAUCUCCAAUGUUCUUUAUCUUGAGUCGCCUGCUGGAGUGGGUUAUUCCUACUCGGAUGACCAAAAAUAUCAAACAAAUGAUGAUGAGGUGGCAAAUAACAACUACCUGGCUUUGCAAAGUUUUUUCAUCAAGUUCCCAAACUUCACCCAGAAUGAGUUUUUCAUUUUUGGUGAGAGUUAUGGAGGCAUCUACGCACCAACACUCAGUCUGAGAGUUGCCACUGGAGGUCAGCUUAAAGUGAACUUUAAGGGCUUUGCUGUGGGAAAUGGCAUUAGUAGCUUUGCACUAAAUGACCAAUCACUAAUCUACUUUGGCAACUAUCAUGGCCUGUUUGGAGAACAGCUGUGGAAGGAUCUGAAUGACAACUGCUGUCAAAAUGGAGUCUGUAAUUUCUACAACAAUUCUAGAGAGUCCUGCUCGGAUGUGGUGUCACAUGCAUUUAAUAUAGUCUAUAACUCUGGGUUGAAUACAUACGCGCUGUAUCUUGACUGUGCUGGUGGAGUCACAUCUCAGAGAGCCAUGAUGCAUCUUUUCAGAAACUUCAGGAAGCAUUGGGAAGCUAAUAAGUUAGUAGGAAGCACUCCAAAUGUUCAAGGAGUGCCUCCAUGCAUCAACAGUACUGCUCAAAUGAACUGGCUUAACCGAGGAGAUGUGAGGAAGGCGCUGCACAUUCCUGAUGUACUACCACCAUGGGACAUCUGCAGCGACACCGUGGGAAAUCAGUAUCACACCAUUUACGAAACUGUGAAGGAUGUCUAUGAGAAGCUGCUGGCUUUGGGUCCGAGAGCUUUGGUCUAUAAUGGAGACACUGAUAUGGCUUGUAACUUCCUUGGGGACCAGUGGUUUGUUGAGCAGCUUGGACAGAAGGCGAGCACACAAUACCAACCCUGGAUUUAUGAUAAACAGAUUGCUGGAUUCUACCAGCAGUUUGGUAACAUCACUUUCCUCACAGUCAAGGGUGCAGGUCACAUGGUUCCUCAGUGGGCUCCUGGUCCAUCUCUCCAGAUGCUACAGAGUUUCCUGUCCAAUAAGCCUUAUUGAACUUCCUCCAGACCAUGCCCUGUCACCAAAUCAAAUUUUUUAGAAGUGCUCUGGAAUGGGUUUUAAGAAAGUGUUUUUAAGGAAACUGUUGAAAUGUGAUAUGAAGUUGCACAUUCAAUUUCUCAGGGGCUUUUGGGUGUAUGUGUGUUUGCCAUAGACUGUGUUUGCAUAUGUUUGGGAAUUUUGAUAUGCUUUUUGUUGUGUUAAUUGCGUGAAUUUUUCCUUGAACACUAUGGGUGGUUUUCAUAAGUCAUGUUGAUUAUAACAAAAUCACAUAAUCCCAAUUAUAGAUACAGUAUUAGUGGAUAUCAUGUGGCUUUGAAAUGCUUAUGUCCUUAAUUCAUGGGUUACUGUUAUGGGAUCUGUUAAUUGAAUAAUAGAUGAGAUGCUUUUUUUUUUUUUUUAAGUACUGAGGACAAACAUUUAUAAUCUUCAUUUUGUUCCUACCCUUAAUACACUCAACACUGCAACAAAGUUAUACUAUUCUUAAUUAUAUUGAUCUAUGGUUAUAAAUGGUUUACGAAAUAAAAAAUUUUUUUGGUUUUAGGUUUUCAAAUCCUUUAAUAAGGAUUAUAUGGAUGAGCAUGUAACACUCCAUUUGAUCUAAGCUAGUCCUUCAGGUAUGUGGAAAUUCAACCCAAGAAAACUAGAAAAUUAAAGUUAUUUUUUUUAUUUUUUUCAAUUAAAGAUAUUCACAUGUAGUCAGUAUAAACCAAGAAAUAAAAGGCUGUUUUAGA